GAUAUUGAAUUAUUUCAAGAUGAUUUUCAUCUUAUCGAUCGUGAAUUUAUCCGAAAAAUUGUAUCGAUUUUUUGUGAUCAGUAUUAUGGUUAUCUUUUGGUGACCAACGCUGCAACAUAUGUUUUUGGCGAUAAAAUAUGUAGAUGGUUAUCAUUAAAACAUGAUCCCACACGACCACAAAAGAUCAAUAUUUCGAAUGAAAAUAAAAUUAUUCAAGUAGAUUCGGGCGAGGAAUUUGUUGCUAUUUUAACUUGUGAUGGAAAAGUUUAUCUGGCCAGUGGAAAUUCAUAUUGGAAAACGAACAAUACUCUCCGAUUAAUCUCAGCUGGUGAUGAUUGUUAUAAAAUGAUAGCAUGUGGAUGCAAACAUUUGUUGAUGUUACGCCAAGAUGGUAAUGUUUUUGCUUUAGGAGCAAAUAACUAUAGUCAAUUAACCGGAAAUUCUGAAUUCUCGUAUGAUACUCUUGUGAACACUGGUUUAACGAAUGUCGAAAAAAUAGCUUGUGGACUAUGGCAUUGUCUUGCUUUCACGAAUACAAAUGAAUUUUAUUCCUGGGGCCGUAAUGCUAAUGGACAAUUAGGUCUUGGUGAUAAAAUUGAUCGAAGGACACCAUCACUUAUUUCAUUUAAGGAUGAUUUUAUUAAUAAUCCAAUUACAAGUAUUGUGGCGGGUGCAUUUCAUUCGUUAUUUUUACUAAAGGAUGGUCAGAUUUUUGGAUUUGGGUAUCAAGCCGGUAUUGAUGAAAUUAUACCAGAAAAAAUACCUCUUGAAAAUGUGCAAAACGUGGCUUGUAAAAAUAAUCUCAAAUUUUCAUUGGCUUUAAUUGAUUCAUCACAGUAUUAUGAAUGGGGUAAAGAUGAGGAUAUCUUCUGGUCAGAACCUCAAAAAUUGAAUGGUCAAUUGAAAUCAUUUGCUGAUGCAUCAGCAAUGAUAUUCAAAUACCCAAUGACAUAUGGCUUAACAUCAACAAUUGAUGUGUUUGAAUCAAAUUGUUCAAUAUUGAACAGAUCAAUCAACCAAUUAUUAAAUAAUCCGAAAAAUUAUGAUUUUGAAUUUAUUAUCGGUGAUAAACGUAUCCAGACAUGUAAAUCAUUUCUAAAAUCGGCAUCUACAUAUUUUUUUCGUAUGUUUUUUCGUAAUUGGCGACAAAAAGAUAGUGUAACCAUUGAAUAUUAUUCCUAUGAUACAUACUAUUCUUAUAUUCGAAUGUUACAUGAUGGCUACAUUCGAAUCAAUAUAAACAAUAUUGCCGAAUUGAUCGAUUUAGCAAAUUUCUAUGAUGAUGAACGAUUGAUGGAAUAUUGUCAUACAUUUAUUGGUAAAAAUUUUACCCAACAAUCGAUCCAUUCACUUAUUCCAUUGAUAAUCAAUUAUAAAUUGAAUGGAUUCGAUGAUGAUCUUUGUCAGUAUGUCGAACAACCGACAUUGUCAAAAUUUUGUGACAAUUUACAGAUGGCCGAUGAAAAUACUUUAAAUCAUUUUCUUAAUUGGUUCUAUAAUGAACAAACAUUCUUUUGA